CUCGAGGGACGCUUCUGGUUGUUUUCUAGGCGUAAGGUUAAGAUACGGACCGGGAGUAGCGAUAUUGAAGAGAAGACCUCCCGCAAUGCUUCUGACCCUCCUUGUAUUACGUGUUUCCUCUAAUACCGAUAUGGCAAGGGGGGCAGGAGAAGAUGAAGCAUGCCGCAUUCGAGGAUGCUAUGGAGACUCAUUAGACUUUGCGAUUCGGGCUGGUCAUUUAUAUCAUAAGAAAUAUAGCCGUUGUUCGCUUGGGAACCUUCCCAUUUCAAUCCCCAUUCAAGCCACGCCAAAAACACUACUAAUACAUCAAAUCCCAUAAGAGGCCGCAAGCAUUUCUGCGAUUCAACGCCUGCCAUGAACCCCAACCCGUACCCUCCCA